AUGGGUUCUUUGUCACCGGAAAGUGACGUGGAGUUUCCAAGCUUAUUUUCUGUGGACACUUCAUCGAGCACUCACUGUUCAAUAACAGAGUAUGCAGCAGAAAAGAGGCCCACUUUCACGAUUCCGAUCUGUGUUAGUUUUCCAUACUACGAACAGAAAAACAUGCUCUCAGUCAAGGUCAAUAGACGUCGAGAUACUAUUGAGAUUUCUUGGAGGUUGAAGAAGUGGAGACAAAGAUACAUCGACGGCUCCUAUAACAGUCCAUCUGAUCUGGCAAAUGAACAGCCUGAAAUAAGCAACCACACAACCGAGCAAUGUUGA